ACAAUGUUUUGAACUUUACCUACAACUUCAUCACGUGUUUCAGCCCAAAAUAAAAUAGUCUGUUGCGCGUAUCACUUCAAGAUGAUUUGAAAAUAAUUGAAAGUCAAUAGACUCCGUGUCAAUAUUAUCAUUUUAUUAUUUUCAUUUGUAAGGUGCUUUAUGAGAUCAUAAUGUAAUAUAUUUUUUUACCAUCUUCAAUCCCGAUGAACGAUGCACCUUAACAAUGGUGAAUGACACUUAUUGAGUUGGUUCAGUUGAAAAUAAAUAUUAUGAAGGAAUUUCAAAGUAAAUUAAUGGCCAUGGAAGAAUUUGAUCGAAGCGAGUAUGUUUUCAACAAAGAUCGAAUAUCUAAGAGAAAAUUUUGUUGAUGAUUUAUAAGGUGUUUAUACAGGAAAAAUGGACGAGGAAAAUAAUAAUAUUGAUAAUAAUAAAUCACCAUUGAAGAAGAAAAAUAAAAAAAAAUUUUUGACAAUUUGUACCAGCAAUUGUCAAUAUGACAUAGUAAGACGCGUGGCUGCACGUUUUGGAAUGAAAGAAGUAUCAGAAGAAAGUAAUUGGAAUUUAUAUUGGACAGACAUGAGUAUUGGUAUUGAACGUGCAAAAGAUAUGAAAAGAUUUCAAAAAAUCAAUCACUUCCCAGGCAUGACUGAAAUAUGUAGAAAAGAUUUACUUGCUCGUAAUCUCAAUCGUAUGUUAAAAUUAUUCCCGAAAGAUUACAAUUUUUUUCCAAAAACAUGGUGUCUUCCGGCAGCGUAUGGAGAAUUUGCUGCCUACGCAAAAAAACGAAAGUUCAAAACUUUUAUUAUUAAACCAGAAUCAGGAUGUCAGGGUCGAGGAAUUUAUUUAACAAAAAAUAUGAAAGAAAUUAAACCACAAGAUCGAAAUAUUUGUCAAGUUUACUUAUCAAAACCUUUUUUACUAGAUGGAUUCAAGUUUGAUUUACGAGUGUACGUGUUGAUUACAUCAUGUGACCCAUUAAGAAUUUACGUUUACAAUGAUGGACUGGUUAGAUUUGCAACAUGUCGCUAUAAAGAACCAACAAAUCAGAAUACAUCCAAUGUUUUCAUGCACCUGACCAAUUAUUCUGUAAAUAAACACAGCAGGAUGUAUAUCUCCGAUGAAGAGGCUGGUAGCAAAAGGAAAAUUUCCCAUCUAAAUAAAUGGUUGAAGAACCAUGACAUUGAUAUUAAUAAACUUUGGCGUAAAAUCGAUGAGAUGAUUGUUAAAACUAUCCUGUCGGCUUACCCUGUUCUGAAACACAGUUACCAUACAUGUUUUUCUAUGCACAAUAUAACUCAUGCCUGCUUUGAAAUUUUGGGUUUUGAUAUCCUAAUCGAUUGGAAGAUGAAACCUUUCUUAUUGGAAGUCAAUCAUUCACCAAGUUUUCAUACAGAUGCACCAAUUGAUAAGGAUGUCAAAGAAUCAUUACUAAUGGAUACAUUUCAGUUACUGAAUUUCAAUGAAUGUGAUAAAAAAAAAAUCCUGGAAGAAGAUAGACAACGAGUUAGAGAUAGGCUAUUGCAGGGAAUUAAUAUCAAGGAUUCUAGCACGAAUGAUUCUGUAGAUGGAACGAAGGCAUCAAAUGAGGUUUUUCGAGAGCAGUUUAAAUGGGAAGAUCAGCACAUGGGGAAUUUCAGGAGGAUAUAUCCUUGCUUUGAUGAUGAUAAAUAUCAAUCAUUUUUUAUACAAGGUAUUGCAUCAAUUUAUCAAAAUACCUUGAGUUCUAAAGCACGUCGAGAAGAAAUUGCGAAAACUCAUCGAGAAGAUACCAUAAAUUAUUCGAAAGAAGAUGGAAAUAAAAAAUUAAAUUCAAAGCUGGAUAAUUUAAAAGUUGCUUUAGAAAGUCCAAAUGAAGUGAAGAAAAAUAAUCCAAGUUCUUUGAAGAAAAAUAUUAAUAAGUUUAAUAUUCCUUUAAUUCCUUCCAAAAAGUCGAAUACUUUGAUUGAACAAUCAAAAAGUUCUUUAUCUUCAUCUAGUAGGAAUGCAUCUUCAUUAUUUACACCAAGUCCUAUAAAUGAAUUUGAAGAGAAAGAACGUAGAUCCUCACUAGCAGAACGAGACUUUAUAAUUAAAAAUAGUGGAAUCAUUGAAUUAAUAUAUUCAGCAAUGAAGAAAAAUGGUUCUUUAAGACCAAGUGAUAUAAAAAAAUAUGGGCUUUAUUAUAAAUUAGAUGAAACUCUUGAAUUACCUGAAAGCUUGCACGAUUAUCAGAAGAAACUUUAUCCACAUAACUUAACAGGUAUUGAAUCUGACAAAAAAAGAUUUGAAUCUAUGAAUAAAGAAGACUCCAACGCAAAAAAUUUUCAACUAUUAUGAAUACUAGCGAAAUUAUUUAAAUAAAUAAAAUCUAUUUACUUCAUAAUUUAUUUUUAUAUUCAUUGAAAAAUUGAAUUGAGGAACUUUUUGCUCAAUAAUUCUAUGCAUAAGCUUUGUGCUAACAAAUUAUAAUCAACUUUACAUAUCCCUAGAGGAGUAAUGGAGCAAGUAUUUAUGUUAUAUUAAUGAUUGAGACUCAAAAUAAGAGUACUUGUCUCUAU